GCUUUACGCCAUUUUCUACAAUAUUCUCUUUCAUACGAAAACUUCUAUUCACUAUUCUCUAUGUUUUUCUUCACUAUCUUUCCACUUUUACUCUCUCUUUUUUUCAUAUACAAAUAUUUGUAUCAUUUCAACAAUUCUUCUGCCACCACAAAAAACUCACCACCUUCACCUCCAAGAUUUCCACUGCUUGGUAAUCUCCAUCAACUUGGCUUAUCCCGUCACCGCACACUCCAAACUUUAUCUCACAAAUAUGGCCCAUUAAUGCUUCUUUAUUUUGGCAAGGUUCCAGUACUUGUAGUUUCAUCUUCUGAUGCAGCAAGAAAAGUAAUGAAAACUCACGAUUCGGUCUUCUUAGAUAGGCCACAAAGGAAAAUCUUUGAUAUCCUUUUGUACGGUUCCAAAGACAUGGUAAGUUGUGCACCUAGUGAGUAUUGGAGGAAAAUAAGGAGUAUCAAGGACAUGUUUGCUGGAGGUGCUGACACGAUAUACACAGUACUAGAAUGGGCGAUGACAGAGUUGUUAAGAGACGAAACUGUUAUGCAUAAAUUGCAAGAUGAAGUGAGAACCGUUGUUGGCAACAAAAAUCAUGUAUCUGAACAAGAUUUGGUUAACAUGACCUACUUGAAGGCAGUGAUAAAAGAAACACUUCGCCUCCAUUUACCGAUUCCCUUAGUCCCUCGGAGAUGUAAGGAAGAUAUCAAAUUAGAUGGGUAUGACAUUGCAGCAGGCACACAUGUAAUUGUUAAUGCUUGGGCUAUUGCUAGAGACCCUUCGAGUUGGGAACAACCUCUAGAGUUUAAACCAGAAAGGUUUAUGAAUAGUUCAAUAGAUUUUAAGGGAUUAGAUUUUGAACUUAUACCAUUUGGAGCUGGAAGAAGAGGUUGUCCUGGAGUGUUGUUUUCUAUAGCUGUGAAUGAGUUGGUGCUAGCAAACCUUGUUUGCCAAUUUGAUUGGAAAUUGCUUGCUGGAGUAUCACCAGAGAAUCUGGACAUGUCUGAAACUAUUGGCCUUAUUUGUCAUAGAAAACACCCUCUCCUUGCAGUAGCAACUAAAUAUGAGAAAAAAUUGACUAAGGAUACAUAAAGAUGUGUCAUGUUAUGUAUUAAAUAAUUGUGUGUUUUUAUAAGGUUUCAAUAUUUGUAAUUCAAUGUUAGAAGCCACUUUGACCAACGAUAUCAACAAA